AUGGCCGGAGAAGGUUCGGAAUCUUCUAAGGUGUUAAAGGAAGGAGACCCAACUGCGCAACAUACUUUUUCAGUUGAUGCUGCACCAUUUGAACCUAAUGUAAGUGCUCCACUGUUUAUGCCAGAAAAAUGGCAAUAUUCUUCUUCUACAGUUCAAGAACAGUCGGCUCCCCCAGGUAUAAAUCAAUCUUGGACAUAUUCACCACAGUACUACGAUAUGAUGAUGAGAAUGAAUCUACCAGCUAUGGUACACGCCAAUGCCUUGCUUAGCAGUGGAUUAAGAAGGUACAGUGGAACACCCAUUGUUAGGGCAUCUAGUCCUGUUAAAAAAAACAAUAAUUCAAGUGAAGCUAUGAAACGAAUGGAAAAAGGUAGUUUAUCAGUUUAUGCAAAACCUUGGUCUCCGACUCCUGAAGGAGGACUUACUCAAGGGGAAAAUGACGCUUAUUGUCAUCUUAAAAAGGAGUGGGUGAAAGUUUCUUAUAGGGGUGAAAUGGUUGUGGCUCCUCUUGCCUUUAUGGAAACGAAUAAUAUCUUUGUCCAUUCUUUUACUCUUCGACCACUUGAAAAACCUGGAGUUCAGUUCCAAAUUUUUAAUUAUUUAUGUGGACGUUGUACAACGCGAUCAUUUUUUGGGAGGCUAUCUUGUAGGAAUGCAGAUGUCACACUUAAAGGUAUUGCAGGAGAUAUACCUCCAUUACGCAUUGCGCAUUUAAUUGAACAAGUAACAGGAGUAGUUGUUUCUGCAUUAUUUACUGAAGGUGAUUAUACCGAGUAUGAACUAUGGUUGGAAAAACCUGAAAAAGCCACUCAUGUUGUAAAUACAGUUUCUGGUGCUUUAUGGAGUUGUCCAAUGUUUCAUGGUUAUGCUGUUCAUGCAAAAACAGAUGAAGACAAAAAAUUUUUAAAUGAAUACAUCACAAGUAUCAAGAACAUUUUCCCAGAACCAUCUCCUUAUCCCAUGUGCUGUGUUGAGGCUUUUGGAUCAUCUUGUGAGACAGUAAAAGCGUGA